UUAUGCAUAGAUCAGAUAUCAACAAUAUUGUAAAAGUAGGACUGCAAAUUUUAAAAUUAUAGCAACCUUUCUGACAGCCAUAUUCAUGGUGUACCCUGAAAAAUGAUUUAUUCCAUACAGACGGAUACUCAGUUGUUUGUCUAAAACAGUACAGUGCAAGUUUUGAACUUGUUCUACGGUCGGUUAAACAUGAAAACAAGUGUACAAUUAUCAUCAUUGACACGAUUCGGCGGUGUUCGGUGCACUAGUCUACUUGCAAACUGGCGAAGGACACCAGUGUACGUUCGAUCGCACCAUAUUUGGGGUGGGGGAGGUGGUGCUUCAGUAAAAGGAGUUCAUCCAGCACUUGAAGUCAACAUUUACACGGAAAAAGUGUGGACCAGCCGUGUUCGAAUCCCUCUCCUAAAAGGACGGUGAAAGUCUAUCCGUAGCCAAGAUACGAGUUCAGUUCGAGGAAACGUGCUACCGCUUUAAGAUCAUCGGUAAUUCCAUUAGGUUGGUACACCGUCAGAAGUGGCGGUGGAAUUCCAAUGUUUAUCAGUCACGCAGUCGUCGUCCAGAAGUCCUUGUGUCGUUGACGUGUAAUUGUCGUCCAAUUGCCCUGUUGCCCUCCGACCACGACGACGGUUUCUCGGACGAAGCUAAUAGGCCGUAAACACAGCGGACCGACCAUCGUCUUCUCGCCGUUUCAACGACGCACCGAACGCGUUACGGUUCGUUUUUUUUUUUUAGUCCCCUCCCCGCGAUGAGCUGCUACGACACGUUAUACGGACGGCGCAUUAACAUUCGUAGCACUUAUAAUCAUAACCGUCGUCGACGGGGCGAACAGAAGUGACGUUGUUGUUUUUUGUUUUCGUAAGUGCGAAACGUCGGAGAGAGAGAGAAAAAAAAUAAAAUGAUUCGCUCCGUUCUGCUGCACGUCGUUGCCGUCGUCGUCACUGUCACGGGCACCGUAUCCGCGCUAGAUUUACAAAUAGUGCCAGAUGUUCCUGAACUUACCCUUACUUCAGGGGCUGAUUUUAUACUUCAGUGUAUGGGAGAUGUACCAGUUACAUGGAAAUUAGAGAAAUAUGAUCCAAAUUUAAAUGUCAAAAAAAUGUCUUCUAUCGAUAUAUCACAAGGGCUACUAGCCAAUAGCAGUCAUAUAUCCCUGUUAACACUGAGUAGAGCGAGUUAUUUGGAUACUGGAUACUACUACUGUGUUCCAUUGUCUGAAACCUUGAAACUAGAUGAACAAAAUUCUAAAUCAAUAUACUUAUUUAUUCAACAUGAUACAUAUUUACUUGCGGUUCCAGAAGAUUUAGUCAUGUUAUCUCCAAAUGAAUAUGCUAAUGUUAUUAUACCUUGUAGACCUACAUCACCUGAUGUUAAUGUUACAUUAUUCAAAGAUGAUGAAGAAUUGGUGCCUGGUAACUCAUAUAAUGGCAUGGAAGUGCAUUAUGACAAUAAAAUAGGAUUUUUUCUCGGUACAGUGACAAUGUUUAGUACAGGGUUCUACAACUGUCGUGCUGAAUUGAAUCACAAAGAAUAUAUUCCAACAUUUCAUUAUCAGCUUUUUGUUAUGCCCAAAAUUCAUCAAGUAGAAAAACCCUAUAUUAAUAGUAGUGGACAAUCAGAUCAUAUAAUUAUUGGUCAAAAUUUAAGUCUCAACUGUUCUGUAAGCAUGGAUAUUGGUAUUGGUUUCACAUUACGAUGGAAAGUUCCUGAUGAACAGAAACUCAAAACUGAACAUAUGAAAAUUGGCAAACAAAAUUUUUUUAAUGGUCUAAAACACGGAAUCGGUAAAAGUGUUGGAAGUAUUUUAUUGAACAUUCAAAAUGUUUCUUCAGAUGAUGAAGGUGAAUAUAUUUGUGAAGUAACAGUACAUUCUGGACAUACAAACCGUAAUACUUUUAAUCUAAAAACAUUUACUCCUGAUAUGACUUACUUGAAUUUGACAGUUCAAGGUGGUAUUUAUAAAAUAAUACGUAGGGCAGGGUACCAAUAUGUACAAUGGAUAAUAUUAGUAUCAGCCUACCCGGCACCAACACUUGUAUGGAGAGAUCCUGAUGGAAGAGAAAUAGGAAAAGAAAAUAUAGAUAAAGUGUCAGUGGAAAAUGACAAAAGUACCUCCAAAUUAGUUAUACGUGAUUUACAACUUUAUGAUUCUGGUGUAUAUGAACUCGUUGCUCAUAACGAUGCACAUGUACAACGAAUUACUGUGACUCUAUUGGUUGAAAAUGAACCAUUUGUGGAAAUAGCCAACAAAUCAACUGUAGGAGAAUUUUAUGAAUUAGGAAAAGUACACAGUGUUCAGUGUUAUGUAGGUGGUUAUCCUUUGCCUGGUGUUGAAUGGUCUUUUAAACAAUGUUCAAACUAUCCAAAUUGUGAUGAUUCUUUCAUUAAAUUAUCAAGAAAUAUGUACAAAGAAGUUGUAUUUAAAGAAACAUUUCUUGUAUCAACUUUAAAUAUUACUGCUACCGAGACUGGAAUAUUUUUGUGCAAUGCAACAAAUGAUUUUGGAAAUUCUUCUGAAGAAUCAACAUUUUUAGUAACUGAUUUAUCUAAGGGUACUUUUGGCUUGGAUAUCAAUGGACCACCAUUGGUUGUUGAUGGAGAUAAUGUGAUAGUUGAAUGUGGUGCGUCUAAAUAUUAUUAUCAACAGGAUAUUAAAUGGAUACAUCGAACAUUAAAUAAUAUAGAGAUACCAAUGCAAAACACUGAGAAUAUUAAUAUUACCAAUAGUACAUCCAAAUUUUCCCACCGCUCAUAUUUAACAAUCAAAAAUAUUACAAAGAAAUUUGAUGGAGAGUUUUUAUGUCUUCUAAUUGAAUUAAAUAAGAAAAAUGUAGUAACAAAAUCAUAUAAACUAUCUGUCAAAGAUUCAUUUCGUCCAGUGAUUUAUGAAUCAUCCAAUUCUAGUCUGGAAAUCAAAACAGGCACUCCAGUGCAAUGGAAAUGCUAUGUACGUGGUAUGCCACCACCAACCAUUUCAUGGUUUCUUAAUGAUCAAAAGUUGUUCUUCAAUAAAAGUGAUUCAAGAAUGCUUUUAAAAGAUAAAAAUCAAACACUUAUAAUACGAUAUGCAGCACUACAAGAUGGAGGGUUGUAUAAAUGUAAUGCUUCAAAUAGAAUUGGCAGUGUCAUUGCUACUAAUACGUUGUCUUUUCUUGACAAACCUAAGGACCAUGAACAUUUUGGUUUCAUUGCUUUCUGCUCUGUGUUGAUUGUACUAUUGGGAGUUCUUAUGAUAGGUUGUGCUACACGUUUAAAGCGAGAAAGGAAAUUAAGAAAAGAAUUGGCCCUAGCUGGUCUGUUAUAUUUUGAAAAUGGUGCUGUUGAAUCCUGGAAUCCUGAUUUGGGAAUUGAGGAACAAGCAGAACUACUUCCAUAUGAUAAACGAUGGGAGUUUCCUAGAGAUAAACUUAAACUUGGUAAACAACUGGGUUCAGGAGCAUUUGGUGUUGUUUUUAAAGCAGAUGCUAUUGGUAUAAUUGAUAGAGAUACAACAACUACUGUGGCCGUUAAAAUGGUAAAACCAAAUACAGAUCCAUCCCAUAUUAAAGCUUUAGCAUCUGAAUUGAAGAUAAUGAUUCAUCUUGGAAGGCACUUAAAUGUAGUUAAUCUACUUGGAGCUUACACUGGAAAUAUAAACAAAAGAGAGUUGAUGGUGAUUGUAGAAUAUUGCCGAUUUGGUAAUAUUCAUCAGUAUCUGUUAAAACAAAGGAACUGUUUUGUGGAUCAAGUGACACCUGAUGGCUAUUUAGAUUAUAAUAUUAAAACAAUAUCAAAAAAUCCUUACUAUGAAAAUGUUCCUAAUAAUAAUUGUGUCCCAGAAAAACCUGAUGAUAGUAGUACUCAAAUUGGCUCUGAUGGCUAUUUGGUAGCUGAUGAACCUGAAUGGCGUUCCAAUUAUCGAGGAGAUUAUAACAAUUUAAUUAUUAAGCCAUUAUGUACUCAUGACCUAUUGUGUUGGUCCUUCCAAGUAGCACGAGGAAUGGAAUAUCUGGCUAGUAGAAAAAUUCUUCAUGGUGAUUUAGCAACAAGAAAUAUUCUGCUGGCUGAAGAUAAUAUUGUAAAAAUAUGUGAUUUUGGAUUUGCAAAAACUAUGUACAAUAGUGAAAACUAUAAAAAACAGUCAGCUAAUGAUCUCUUACCUGUAAAAUGGAUGGCAAUUGAAUCUCUUCGGGAUCGAGUAUUUUCAACUCAGUCCGAUGUUUGGGCAUUUGGAAUUGUUUUAUGGGAAAUAUUCUCACUAGCUGUAACUCCAUACCCAAAUAUUCAAAAAUUCAAUGAACUGUUUGAAAAAUUAGUUGGAGGAUAUCGAAUGGAACAACCGAAAUAUGCCAAUUUUGAUAUAUAUAAUAUAAUGUUGGACUGUUGGAAAAUGAAUCCUAUGACAAGACCAUCAUUUACUGAUUUAUCUGAACGCUUGGGUGAUUUGUUAAAAGAUGGUACUAAAUCACAUUACAUGAACUUAAAUGAGGUUUAUAUGAGAAUGAACACUGAAGGAUCUCCUUCAACAGACUAUUUAAGUCUUUUGACUGCACCAACUUAUUUGAAUUGUUCAACUGUAUCAGAAAACAAUUCAAACUCAUACCCAAAUAUUUCUGAACAUUCAGAAACCAAAGAAGAUCUAGAAUUAAAACCCAUGCUUUAUAGUUCAGAGUGUUCUGAUUACAUAAACUUAACAAAACCAUCAUAUUUCUCUAACCCAAAUUAUGAUGUUGUGGAUAAAUCCAAAAACUAUCCGUACUUACAAUCACAGUAUCCAAGCUAUGUAUGAUUCCUUAAGAAAACCAUGAAGAAGUACAAUUUUUCUGACAAGUAAUUAAUAUCAAGGAAUUGUUACCAUUUUUGUAUAUUGUUGCUGAAUCAAAUUAUUUAUCUAUUUGAUAUUUUACAUUACUCAAAUAUAUACAGGGUACAACUGAAUUAAUAAAAGUUAAAAUAACUUAAUCUCUUAAUAUCUUAAAUUUAUAAUU